AAAGGUUUCAAACCUAACGUUGUUACUUAUAGCUCUUUAAUGGAUGGAUAUUGCCUUGUUAAAGAAGUGAACAAGGCUAAGAGUAUAUUCAACAAUAUGGCUCAGGGGGGAGUGAAUCCUGAUAUUCAGAGUUACAAUAUCUUGAUUAAUGGGUUUUGUAAGAUUAAAAUGACCGAUGCAGCCAUGAAUCUCUUUGAAGAAAUGCAUUGCAGAAAAAUUAUUCCUAAUGUGGUAACUUACAAUUCCCUUAUCGAUGGUUUGUGUAAAUCGGGGAAAAUCUCUUAUGCUUUGAAGCUAGUCGAUGAGAUGCAUGAUAGAGGUCAACCACCUGAUAUAAUUACUUACAGUUCUCUAUUGGAUGCUUUAUGCAAAAACCAUCAUGUUGACAAGGCAAUUGCAUUAUUAACAAAAUUGAAAGACCAGGGUCUUCAACCAAAUAUGUACACAUACACUAUUCUUAUUAAUGGACUGUGUAAAGGUGGAAGACCGGAGGAUGCACAAAAUAUUUUUGAGGAUCUUUUGGUCAAAGGUUAUAAUAUAAAUGUAAACACAUAUACCGUUAUGAUCCAUGUGUUUUGUAACAACGGCAUGUUUGGUGAAGCAUUGGCUAUGUUGUCAAAAAUGGAAGAAAAUGGUUGCAUUCCAAACGCCGUUACUUAUGAAAUAAUCAUCCGUUCUCUGUUUGAUAAAGAUGAAAAUGAUAAGGCGGAGAAACUUCUUCUUGAAAUGAUUACGAGAGGGCUAUUGUAAGAUUGAAACUAGGUAUGAUGUUUUCUAUUUAUCUAUUGUUAUAUGGUAUUUAUAUUUAAGCAUAUAGAGUGUACUAAGCUUUGAAU